UUCAUGUACUUUGACAGCAACACAAUGAAAGCUGUGCCAAAGACGGAGUGGAUGAGACACUUUGACGGAGCAGAUUACUGGGAGAGGCAAACUGAGAUUGUCAUUGCUAGAAGAUGUUCACACCUUUCAGAUGAUGUUUGGAUGUGAGCAGGAUGAUGAUGGGACCACUCGAGGAUACUUGCAGUACGGUUAUAAUGGAGAAGACUUCAUCAGCUUUGAUAGGAACACACCAAGUUGGACCGCUGCUAAUCCUCAAGCUAUCAUCCUCAAGAACCAAUGGGAUACUAAUGGUGCUAAAACAAAUUACUGGAAAGCAUAUCUGGAGAGCACAUGCUUUGAGCGGAUGAAGAAGAUUGUGAGCCACGGCAAGGACACUCUGGAGAGAAAAGUUGCAGCUGAAGUGUCUCUACUGCAGAAGAACUCCUCGUCUCCAGUUAUCUGUCAUGCUACUGGUUUCUACCCCAAAAACAUCACAAUGACCUGGAAGAAAAACCAUGAGGAUCUUAAUGAAGAUGUGGAGGUCAGUGAAACUUUGCCAAAUGCAGACGGAACGUUCCAGAAGAGCAUCAGUCUCUCAGUGAAGUCUGAGGAGUGGAAGAAGAAUCCAGAUGUCUACAGAUGUGUCAUUCAACAUGUGGGAGCAGAGAAAGACAUUGUUGUCCCUCUCAAUGAAAACAACAUCAAGUCUAACUCAGCUUCUGACAACAUCAUUGUGAAAGGUUUGUUGAUCACCACUGUCGUAAUUGCGGUGUUGGCUGCCAUGUUUUUGCUGUUAAAAAGAGGCUCAUUGUGUGCAAGAUGUCCAGGCAGGUUAAGAGUUCAAAUUUAACAGACUUUGUGAAGGGCAGUACAACAGAUACUGCGUGAGAAUUAACCGAUGAACAACUGCAAAAUCAAAUAAAAGUUUUAUCAAAAUAAAAGAAGAUAUUUUGUGAAAUGUCUCAGUG